AUGAGAUGGGCAGUAAGGCAGGCCUUCCUGAAAAGACCUUGCCUGGUUUUGCCUCCACAAAGACGAUCUUCAAAUUUGUAUGAGGUCUUGUCUUUGUCUUUAGGCGUGAAAUCAGAACAAGAGGAGCGGCUUCAGGCCCUUUUAACUCGCGACCCCGCUGAUUCAAAAAAUAUUCGCAGGGUGCAACAGCAUGUGCAAAUCAUGGCUAAAUCAACAGAAAACAAGAGUGAUCUGAUAAGAAAGUUUUCAGUCGAUCACAAGCCUUUUGCUGGACCAAUUAGUGCAGCAAUCAUGCUAGAGCUAAUUUCUCAGCGGUCCCCACAGUUAGCCUCUGCAUAUCAGGCACUGGUAGAGCGUCUUGGACACCCUUCGGGUGAUUUCUUGUGUGCAAUUCUGACGGCUGGUAUUAUUGAUACACAACAGAGCUAUAUUCCUUGUGUGUUGGACUUUGUUGUCAAGAUUCCUGACUAUUUAUUAUCUGACCUUGCAGAUGUCUGGAUGCCAAGAUGGCUAGAACUAGGCGUACCAUCAGCGAAUUUGGACCUGUUGAUAAAAGCAGCUGCUAGACGCGGUGUCAUUCCGAACCAUAGCAACGGCUAUAAGGCACUGAAUUCGCAACUUCAAAAGCCGAUCCAAGUUCUAGAGUAUGUCAUGGCAGUGAGAAACUAUUUGUCGGGUCUUGGCACCCGCCAGGUGGUUCCUCAGUUGGAGGAAGCAUUUCUGGUGCUGAUAGCACGCAAGAUUCGGAUUCUCCCCCCACAAAUGCAUCCUGAAAAGGUACUGGCGGAACUUGUAAAUGAGAUCAAGCGCCUACGUCCUUUGCCUGGUCGAUCGGCGGUACUUGGCGCACGAUUCUGGGCGACCGGUAAAAAGCUGAGUUUGGAGGAUCCCAGCCGUCCCAUUCCCACAACCAUUGAUCAAUGUUAUGAAGAGAUGAAUGUGUUGGUUGCAUCUUGGAAAAGUGGGGAGCGCAGCCCUAAAACCCCGAGGCGUGUCGCUCAGCUUUAUGCGCAGAUAUUGAGCAGAUAUGCCUUGUAUGAUCCUAAUUCUCUGGAGGUAGUUUACGCCGAGGCAGAUACCACUUGCAAUCAGCUGUUCGAGGCUGCGUCGGCAGGAAACCGUCGUCGCCGAUGGCUGACUUCCGUUCUAAGCACAUUUGUACAUGCUGGACAGUACAAAAGGGCUGUAAAAUACACACCAGACGUUCAACGCACAAAAACACCUUAUUUAUGGGGUCUUGCAGUUAUCUCUUUGGCCAAAACCGGUCAUCUUGAUCACGCCUGGGAUCUGACCGAAACGGCAGUUACGACUCUGAGAGCCAGCCUGCCAUCAAAAGUCGGGGUGGUUCUUCUGCAACAGCUAAUGCAUGAAAAGUCUCCCCUUGAUCUUGGCUCGUGCUUGACCAAGCUGCAUGGCUACAAUAUGACAUUUAGUGAUAUGCAGCUGGCGCAAAUCUUGCACUUUGCUGGUUCAGGUGGAAGUAGUUAUCGCUGGUCAGAUCUACGCGCAGUACUGUUCAGUAUGACUGAUGUUCUGCUGGACAGAAACAAUCAACUUCGAACUUCAGUGGGGGGCUAUCAUUGGCGACGCCCGCACAAUGUUUUGGGCGAGGCUUGUCUCAAAGAACUUGUGUUGUGGGGCUUUUUGAAGGCUCCACUACAGCCGUGGUGCUCAAUUGAUUUGAUGAAGGAGUUAAAGUCUCGCGGCGUUGCGAUUAGCCCUUCAACAGUUCAGGCUGCGGUGAGCUCGGCCCUCAAGGACCUGCAAAACUCCAAGGGCGAAGCGGUCAGGAUCCGCCAACAGUGCCCCCACAACAUAUCCAUGAUUUCCGAGCAGUAUGCGAAACUAAUUGAAGAACUGUUCUAA